CAUGGGAUUUAUGGAACGAGGAGUAAUGCGAAACAAACUGGCUGCAUGGCAGGUGUUCUUGUGGUGGCAUCAUUUCUUUCUCUUGUGGAGUACAAUAGACGGACAGACUCGUUACAGCAUCCCGGAGGAGCUCAAACAGGGCUCUGUGGUAGGAAAUCUAGCCAAAGAUCUGGGGUUGGUUGUAUCUGAACUGUACCAACGUAAAUUGCGGAUUACAUCGGAGGCUGGUAAGCAGUACUUUAGUGUGGACUUGGGGAAAGGAGAACUGGUGGUGACUGAUAGGAUAGAUAGGGAGGAACUGUGUGAACAAAGACCGUCAUGUCUGUUGCCUUUGGAGCUUGUAAUAGAUAACCCUCUGCAGCUGCACAGAGUUGAAAUAGAAAUACAGGAUACAAACGAUAAUUCCCCUAGUUUUCCUUCUAAAGAGAAGGUUGUGAAAAUUGCAGAACUGGUUAAUACGGGGGCGCGAUUUCCUUUAGAAAGUGCACAGGAUCCAGAUGUUGGUACCAAUUCUGUACGUUCAUACCUUAUAAGCAAAAAUGACAACUUCAAAUUGACUGUUAAAAAUCACAAAGACGGAAGAAAAAUCCCCGAACUGGUCCUUGAAAAACCACUUGAUCGAGAGAAGCUGCCUGUGCAUAAUCUUAUCCUCACCGCUGUAGAUGGUGGAGAUCCGGCACGCUCAGGGACAUCUGAAAUUACAGUUAUAGUACUCGAUAUUAAUGAUAAUGCUCCAGUGUUUGAAAGACAGCUCUAUGAGGCCAAUGUCAGCGAAAAGGCAACACCUGGAACUGAAAUCCUGCAUUUAAAAGCUACAGAUGCAGAUGAAGGACUCAACGGAGAAAUUGAAUAUUUUUUUGCAGAGCAAACACCCAACUUGAUCUUAUCUCUAUUUGACAUUGUGCCUUCCACUGGAGCUAUUGUUGUGAAAGGAUCCUUAGACCAUGAAACGAAAUCUGUACAUAGAUUUGAUGUAACAGCCAAAGACAAAGGUAACCCUGAGAUGGAUGGGCAUUGUGGUGUCGAAAUUAAAGUAAGUGACAUUAAUGACAACAUUCCUGAAAUAAUUGUGACGUCAUUAACGACACCUGUUCCAGAAGAUUCAGCAAUAGGAACAGUUAUUGCCCUUUUAAGUGCAAAAGAUCCAGAUUCAGGUGACAAUGGCAAGGUAACUUUGAGCCUGUCUUCAAAAUCCCCCUUCAGAUUAAAUCCAUCCUUGUCUAAUCAUUAUUCAUUAGUGACGAAUGGGCCACUAGACCGUGAAAAAAACGACCAGUAUAGUGUCAAAAUAAGAGCCACUGAUGCUGGUAAACCCCCAUUAUCGAGUGAGAAGGUAAUAAUUGUUGAACUGUUAGAUGUAAAUGAUAACCCACCAGUGUUCUCUCAAUCAUCGUAUGUGAUCUAUGUAAAGGAAAACUAUGCUCCUGGAAAAAUUCUGUGCUCAGUGUCAGCGACUGAUGCUGAUUUGGGUGAGAAUGCCAAAAUCUCUUACUCUAUCCUGGACUCCAAAGUGCAGGACGUUUCAGUGUCCUCUUAUGUUUACAUCAACUCAGAUAACGGCAGCAUCUACAGCAUGCACUCGUUUGACUAUGAGAAACUGAAGGUGUUUGAGAUUCGGGUCCAGGCCAGGGACCAGGGCUCUCCGUCUCUGAGCAGCAACGCCACAGUCCAUGUUUUUAUCCUGGACCAGAACGACAAUGCCCCCGCUGUGAUCUACCCGUCCUCCGCUGCCCUGGGCUCCCUGUCUCAUCAGAGGAUGCCCCGCUCCGCGAAGGCGGGUCACCUGGUUACCAAGGUGACGGCUGUGGACGCAGACUCGGGCCACAACGCGUGGAUCUCCUACAAGGUGUCGGAGGCCACGGACGCGUCUCUGUUCAGUGUCAAUCUGUACACAGGGGAGGUGAGGACUAAACGCGCUGUGUCCGAGCAGGACGACUCCUCCCAGAGACUGCUCAUAGAGAUCAAGGACGACGGCGAGCCGGUCCAGUCGGCCACCGUCACGGUGUCCAUCCUGCUGGAGGACGGCCUCCACGAGCCCAUCUUGGACCUGCGACAGAAGGCGACCGAGCCGAGCAAGAAAAACGGCAGAAUCACCCUUUAUCUGAUCCUGUCUCUGGCCUCGGUGUCCGUGCUGUCUCUGGUGACGUUUCUGGUCCUGAUGGUGAAAUGCAUGAGGAACAGCAGGAGCAGCGCGAGCUGCUGCACGAGACGCAGCGACUGUGACGAUUACAAGAACCCCAACAGAAACCUGCAGAUUCAGCUCAACACUGAUGGACCCAUAAAGUACGUGGAGGUCCUGGGAGGAGACAUGUUGUCUCAGAGUCAGUCGUUCAGGUCCUGUAUGUCUCCCAUGUCAGAGUACAGUGAUUUCACUCUGAUCAAACCCAGCAGCACCAGUGACUUCAAGGAGGUCAUCAGUGUCCUGGAUGCGUCUUUGCCCGACAGCACCUGGACCUUUGAGAGCCAGCAGGUGAGCAGAAAAGAGCACUUUAAUAUUUAG